CUCUCCAAGGACAGGCACUGCUAGGAACUUGCAAGGGACCUCGGCGUCAUGGACCCCCCACAGCUGCUUUUCUACGUGAAUGGCCAGAAGGUGGUAGAAAAAAAUGUCGAUCCUGAAAUGAUGCUUUUACCGUACCUGAGGAAGAAUCUCCGACUCACAGGAACCAAGUAUGGCUGUGGAAGCGGGGGCUGCGGCGCCUGCACAGUGAUGCUCUCACGGUACAACCCCAGCACCAAGACGGUCAGGCAUCAUCCAGUCAAUGCCUGUCUGACCCCCAUCUGCUCUCUGUAUGGUACAGCAGUCACCACAGUAGAAGGCAUAGGUAACACGAGGACCAGACUUCAUCCUAUUCAGGAGAGGAUUGCCAAGUGUCAUGGCACACAGUGUGGCUUCUGUACUCCUGGGAUGGUGAUGUCCAUGUAUGCACUGCUCAGGAACCAUCCAGAGCCCACUCUAGAUCAGUUAACUGAUGCCCUUGGUGGGAAUUUAUGCCGCUGCACUGGAUACAGGCCCAUAAUUGACGCGUGCAAGACUUUCUGUAAAGCCUCUGGCUGCUGUCAAAGUAAAGAAAAUGGUGUGUGCUGUUUGGAUCAAGGAAUAAAUGGAUUGGCAGAAUUUCAGGAAGGAGAUGAGACAAAUCCAGAACUGUUCUCGGAAGAAGAAUUUCUGCCACUGGACCCAACCCAAGAGCUGAUAUUUCCCCCAGAGCUAAUGAGAAUAGCUGAGAAACAGCCACCAAAGACCAGAGUAUUUUGUGGUGAUAGAGUGACGUGGAUUUCCCCUGUGACCCUGAAGGAACUUGUGGAAGCUAAAUUCAAGCAUCCCCAGGCCCCCAUUGUCAUGGGGUACACCUCUGUGGGGCCUGAAGUAAAGUUUAAAGGUGUCUUCCACCCCAUCAUAAUUUCUCCUGACAGAAUUGAAGAGCUGAGUGUCAUAAGCCAGGACCAGGAUGGGCUGACCCUGGGUGCUGGCCUCAGCCUGGAUCAGGUGAAGGACAUUCUGGCUGAUGUAGUCUGGAAGCUUCCAGAAGAGAAGACACAGACAUACCGCGCUCUCCUGAAGCACCUGAGAACUCUGGCUGGUGCCCAGAUCAGGAACAUGGCUUCUUUAGGGGGCCACAUUGUGAGCAGACAUCUGGACUCAGAUCUGAAUCCUCUUCUGGCUGUGGGCAACUGUACCCUCAACUUACUAUCCAAAGAUGGAGAACGGCAGAUCCCUUUAAAUGAGCAGUUUCUACGAAAGUGUCCUGAAGAGGAUCUUAAGCCUCAGGAAGUCUUGGUCUCAGUAAACAUCCCCUGUUCCAGGAAGUGGGAGUUUGUGUCAGCCUUCCGACAAGCCCAGAGACAACAGAAUGCACUAGCGAUUGUCAACUCUGGAAUGAGAGUCCUUUUUAAAGAAGGGGGUGGCGUCAUUGAAGAGUUAUCCAUUUUGUAUGGAGGUGUCGGUCCAACCACCAUCAGUGCCAAGAACUCCUGUCAGAGACUCAUCGGAAGGCCCUGGGAUGAAGAGAUGCUGGACAAAGCGUGCAGGCUGGUUUUGGAUGAAGUCACCCUUGCAGGCUCGGCUCCUGGAGGGAAGGUGGAAUUCAAGAGAACCCUCAUCAUCAGCUUCCUCUUCAAGUUCUACCUGGAGGUGUCACAGGGUUUGAAGAGGGAGGACCCAGGUCACUAUCCUAGCCUGGCAGGCAACUAUGAGAGUGCUUUAGAAGAUCUUCAUUCAAAACAUCACUGGAGAACAUUAACCCACCAGAAUGUAGACCCAGCGCAGCUUCCUCAGGACCCAAUUGGGCGUCCCAUCAUGCACCUCUCUGGUAUUAAGCAUGCCACUGGUGAGGCCGUCUACUGUGACGACAUGCCUGCGGUAGACCAGGAGCUUUUCCUGACUUUUGUAACGAGUUCAAGAGCACACGCUAAGAUUGUGUCUAUUGAUCUGUCAGAAGCGCUCAGCCUGCCAGGUGUGGUGGACAUCAUUACUGCAAGUCAUCUUCAGGAAGCAAACAGCUUUGGCACAGAGACAUUUCUGGCCACAGAUGAGGUACACUGCGUGGGCCAUCUCGUCUGUGCCGUGAUUGCAGAUUCUGAGAAACGGGCAAAGCAAGCGGCGAAGCAAGUGAAGGUGGUUUACCAGGACUUGGAGCCUCUGAUCCUAACGAUUGAGGAAGCUAUACAACACAAGUCCUUCUUUGAGUCAGAACGGAAGCUGGAGUGUGGGAACGUCGACGAAGCAUUUAAAAUCGUCGAUCAAAUUCUUGAAGGUGAGAUACACAUAGGCGGCCAGGAACAUUUUUAUAUGGAAACCCAAAGCAUGCUUGUUGUUCCCAAAGGAGAGGAUGGAGAGAUUGACAUCUAUGUGUCCACACAGUUCCCCAGAUACAUACAGGAUAUAGUUGCUGCAACCUUGAAGCUCUCAGUCAACAAGGUCAUGUGUCAUGUAAGGCGCGUUGGCGGGGCGUUUGGAGGGAAGGUGGGCAAGACCAGCAUCUUGGCAGCCAUCACUGCAUUCGCCGCCAGCAAACAUGGUCGUGCAGUCCGCUGCAUUCUGGAACGAGGAGAAGACAUGUUAAUAACUGGGGGCCGCCAUCCUUACCUUGGAAAAUAUAAAGCUGGAUUCAUGAACGACGGCAGAAUCUUGGCCCUGGAUGUGGAGCACUAUUGCAAUGCAGGGUGCUCCCUGGAUGAGUCACUGUGGGUGAUAGAAAUGGGGCUUCUGAAGAUGGACAAUGCUUACAAGUUUCCCAACCUACGCUGCCGAGGCUGGGCCUGCAGAACCAACCUUCCAUCCAACACUGCUCUGCGUGGGUUUGGAUUUCCUCAGGCAGGGCUGGUCACCGAAGCCUGCAUCACAGAAGUGGCCAUCAAAUGUGGCCUGUCCCCUGAGCAGGUUCGAAUCGUAAAUAUGUACAAACAAGUUGAUAAUACCCAUUACAAGCAAGAGUUCAGCGCCAAGACCCUCCCUGAGUGCUGGAGAGAGUGCAUGGCCAAGUGUUUCUACUCUGAGAGGAAAACAGCUGUAGGAAAGUUCAAUGCAGAGAAUUCCUGGAAGAAGAGGGGAAUGGCCAUGAUUCCCCUGAAGUUUCCUGUGGGUAUUGGCUCAGUAGCCAUGGGACAGGCAGCUGCCCUGGUUCACAUUUAUCUCGAUGGCUCUGCACUGGUGUCUCAUGGUGGGAUUGAGAUGGGGCAGGGUGUCCACACUAAAAUGAUUCAGGUGGUCAGCCGGGAAUUAAGGAUGCCGAUGUCCAGUGUCCACCUGCGUGGGACAAGCACAGAAACCGUCCCCAACACAAAUGCCUCUGGAGGAUCUGUGGUGGCAGAUCUCAAUGGAUUGGCAGUAAAGGAUGCUUGCCAGACCCUCCUAAAACGCCUUGAACCCAUCAUCAGCAAGAAUCCUCAGGGAACUUGGAAGGAUUGGGCCCAGACUGCUUUUGACCAGAGCAUCAGUCUCUCAGCUAUUGGGUAUUUCAGGGGUUACGAGUCGAAUAUAAACUGGGAAAAGGGGGAAGGCCAUCCUUUCGAAUACUUUGUGUUUGGAGCUGCCUGCUCAGAGGUUGAAAUAGACUGCCUGACAGGGAACCACAAGACUAUCAGAACAGACAUCGUGAUGGAUGUUGGCCACAGCAUAAACCCAGCCCUUGACAUAGGCCAGGUUGAAGGUGCAUUUAUUCAAGGAAUGGGGCUUUACACAAUAGAGGAGCUGAAUUACUCUCCUCAGGGCACUCUGUACAGUCGUGGUCCAAACCAGUACAAGAUUCCUGCCAUCUGUGACAUUCCCACAGAGGUGCACAUUUCUUUUCUGCCCCCAUCUGAACAGUCAAACACCCUGUAUUCAUCUAAGGGCCUGGGGGAGUCUGGGGUGUUCCUGGGAUGUUCAGUAUUCUUCGCCAUCCAUGAUGCAGUGAGGGCAGCGCGGCAGGAGAGAGGCGUCUCUGGACCAUGGAAGCUCAGUAGUCCUCUGACUCCAGAGAAAAUCAGAAUGGCCUGUGAAGAUAAGUUCACAAAAAUGAUUCCAAGAGAUGAACCUGGAUCCUAUGUUCCCUGGAACAUACCUGUGUGAGUCAAACAUGAUCCUCUGGAGGGAUUGGCUCAACAGCUACAGAACGCACCUCCCGGUCUCUCUGCUCUAAGAUGCUAAAUAUGAAAGCCAGAAUUUCACAGUCUAGAAUCGUCCACAGCACUGCUUUACAUGAAGCCGAUUCCAAAGUUUCUCUUGAGGAUACUCCAGAUACACCUGAGCAAUUAUAAAUCAUAUAUUAAAGGGCACAAAUAUUAAAUCAUUUGCUCUGA